CCUUCCGUCGAGGCCCAACCCCCCAGACGAUAGCGAAAUCUUGUUCGCACUGUUUGCGGGUUCUGUCUUUCUCGUCCCAACCGUGUUCGCUGGCGCAGCCCAUUCGCCCAUCUCCCAAGCACACGACCGUAAAGGACCCCGCUCUCGACCCAACCAGAUCUCAACAGAGGCCCAGAGGCUCGGAAUUAGUAUCUCUCAGAGUAUACUUUUCAGGAUCAGUUCAUUGUCAUCAUGGAAGGCACUCCUCGAGCGAAAGCGCGAAGACAGUCGCUUCCCUCUCAGCAUCACCUCUCGCCUAGCGGAACGCUGGACGAGUCCUUGGCGCACGGCGAGCUGUUACGAUUCAGAGAUGAAAUGGGCAUCUAUUCCCAGCUCCAAACUACCAAUCCAGCAAACUCUCAUCUCAAUGGCGACUAUCAUGAACUAG